AUGUUCAGAAACUUUUUCACAUCAAGUAUAAGAAAGUUUCCAAAGUUUCAGCCCAGCUUUAGGCUCUACUCGAAUGGUUCACAAUACCGGAGAUUUAACAAUCGACAAUCGAAAAGCUUGAGUGAGCUGGUACUAGAUCCAACGUCCAGAAAAUACCUGGCACUGAUGUUUGGUGGAGGAUCUCUUUUUUAUUUAACUCAUUUAGAAGAAGCCCCAGUCAGUGGUCGGAUAAGGUUUAUAUGGCUGCCACGUUCACUUGAACUCAAAAUAGCCAAUUAUUCAUACAAUUCGAUGCUUAAGCAGACUAAAGGCUCCAUUUUACCCACAAACAAUCCGCUGACAAUCAAGGUUUCCAGAAUAUUCAGUCAAAUAGUGGAGGCUGCUCAAAAAGACCCUACAAUUGACAAACAACUUCUUGAGAAUAUUCAAUGGCAAGUCCAUAUCGUGGACGAUCCAAAGGCACCUCCCAAUGCGUUUGUAUUGCCUGGUGGCAAAGUGUUCGUGUUCAGCAGCAUACUUAAAAUUUGCAAAAAUGAUGAUGGGCUCGCCACAGUGCUGUCGCAUGAAUUUGCUCAUCAGCUAGCCAGGCACACAGCAGAAAACUUAUCCAAAGCGCCAAUAUACUCGCUUAUGGGCGCUGUUCUUUACACGAUAACUGGUGCGGAUGUUUUCAAUCGUCUUAUUUUGGACAGUUUCUUAAAAAUGCCAGCUUCUCGUCAAAUGGAAACCGAAGCUGACCACAUAGGGCUUAUGGUUAUGUCUCGGGCUUGUUUUCGCCCUCAAGAAGCCGUGUCGUUAUGGAAUCGCAUGGCUGAGUUUGAACAACGUGUGAGAGGAAACGGGAGUUUUGCUCCUGAAUUUCUAAGCACCCACCCUGCCAGCAACACGAGAAUUGCAAAUAUGCAAUCUUGGAUGCCGCAAGCACAAGAGCUACACUCACAGUCAAAUUGCGGUACUACUAGUGGCUAUUACGACAAUUUUCAAAACUUAUUCGGCGGGCAGUCGCGUAAUGAAGGGCAACUUUUCACCUUUGGAUAA